UUAGCAGCAGUGGUGGUAUCGACGACCUCCGCCGGCUCCGGAUCAGGUCCGGGUCGAAAAAGGUCUUCUUCCUCCUACUGCGCCCAAAACAAUAGUAACUCCCUCAACGAUCACCUCAAUGGAAAUCCCUCCCACCAUCACCAACAGCAACAACAACAACAACAACAACAACAACAACAACAGCAGCAACAGCAGCAGCAACAACAACAACAGCAGCAGCAUUCCCAUCAACAUUCGCAGCACCACCUGCUGGCGAAUGCGUUGAGCGUAUCCGGAAAUGGGAACGGUGCUAGCGGUGUCGGCUUGGCCGGGGAUGUCAGUGUAAGUAAAAAGUUCCACUUCGUUCCGUUCGCGUGACGAUCAGUUUCGGAACUCGAAGACCGCAUCGUUGCGUUGAGUUCGAACUCGAGCCCAGCGGUCUCUAAAGGUACCUCAUGUUUAGCGUUUUACUGAUUUCCCCAACCCACCACCACUAGCUUUUCCUUAUAUUCC